AUGACACUUCACGUAUCACCGCAGCUUCCCAUGCGAAUCAUAAGACGAGGCUUGACCUCUCACAGACCGUUGAGAAGAGGCCUCAACACAUCACCCGCAUCACAUCAAAACCGCCGCCCCUCCCUCGCCAUCCUCGACGACUACCUCAACACAUCCGCGCCUCACUUCGCCCACAUCCCACCCUCACAACUCCAAAUCACAACCUUCAACGACACCAUCGUCCCCGUCACCGACGCCGCGCAAGACCGCCUCGUCGAGCGCCUCCGCCCCUUCGACCUCAUCUCCACCGUCCGCGAACGCACCGCCUUCCCGGGCACCCUGCUGCGCCGCCUCCCCAACCUGAAGAUGCUCCUCGCCACCGGCACGCAGUUCGAGAUGUUCGACCUCGCCGCGGCCCGCGAGCUGGGCAUCCUCGUCGUCGCGGCCCCGGGGCUCGGACGCGGCGGCCAGCUGCGGCAGAGUAUCAAGAAGGGGGCGUUCCAUCCUACCACGCAGCACGCGUGGGCGUUGAUUCUCGCGCUGGCGCGUAACGUGGCGGCUGAUGAUGCUGUGAUGAAGGCCGGGGGGUGGCAGAGCGAGCUGGCUACGAAUCUGUCUGGGAAGACGCUGGGUGUUGUCGGAUUGGGCCGUUUGGGUGCUGCGGUUGCGCGCGUCGCGCACCUUGCGUGGGGCAUGCGUGUGGUUUGCUGGAGCGAGAAUUUGACGCAGCGGAGGGCUGAUGAGAUGGCUGUCUCCGUCGGGUUGUCUGUUGACGGCAGGGUUCAGGGCGGGAAGACUUUUGAGGCUGUGAGUAAGGAGGAGUUGUUUCGCGGCGCGGAUGUUGUGAGUUUGCACUACGUUCUGAGUAACCGCUCGCGCGGCAUCGUUGGCACCCGGGAGCUGGGGCAGAUGAAGCCUUCUGCGUUGCUUGUUAAUACGUCGCGGGGGCCGUUGAUUGACCAGGAAGCUCUUGAGGAUACACUGGAGCAUGUCCGUGGAGGCGGGCUGGGUAUUGGGGUCGAGAUGGACGUUCUAUUCUUCUCACGACGCCGCAUAUGGGAUAUGUUGAACGUGAGCUGA